AUGGCAGUCGCUGGUGAUACCUUUUCAAUGUCGACCUUGUUCGAUGCUUUACCAAACCCUAAUGGAAUCUCCGGUUCCGUUCCUCCUCCGGGGUUCGCCCCACGCGCCUCCGCCACUCACUUGCACGCUGCGAUGUUCAACCUAAUGACUUGCUGCGACGGUAUGUCCUCCUUUAAAGAGAUGAUCGCGUCGUUUGACAAAACAGAGCUUCAGAGGAUGGCCUCGUUGCUGACGUCAGACUCCGAUUACUUCAUGGCGAUCGUCACAAACAAGCACGGCUCGAGACGCGUGCAGAAGCUCCUCGGCAAAUCAGAUGACGUGGACGCACUCUUCUGCGACGUUAUCUUGCGCCGCUUCCUCCACAUCACAACCGACAAAUACGCAUCGUACGUGACGAUACGAGCCAUGGCCGUUUUUGAUGACAAGGAGAUGAAAAAGGCAAUGUACGAGCAGAUUCUCUACUACGCUCUCUACCUAGCGCGUGACCAACACGGCUGCAUCGCCCUCAACGAUAUCAUAACCGACGCGGAUGAUCCUUACUACAAAGAUCAGAUACUAGACUUGGUCGCAUACAACGCUCUCUGCCUAAGCAACGACGCUUCAGGGAACUUUGUGGUCCAACGUGUGCUUGCAUUGAAGGACUUGCGUACCAUGCACAACAUCGCAGUUAGUCUCCGUGGCCAUUGCUUUGAGCUCUCGUUUAAGAAGUAUGGAAGCUACAUCGUGGAGAAACUUCUGGAGGCGGAGUCGUCAAUGGUAGUGGUGGUUGUGGAGCUUUUGGAGUGCGACGGAGACAGGUUGAUGAGGCUGGCGAGGAAUGAGUAUGGGAAUUUCGUGGUUUGCAACGCACUGAAAUCGACGAAGAUGUCUAGGAUUGAUCUGUUUUGGUGUUUGGUGCAAAAGCUCAUGCCUUUUAUCCAUCUCUUGCGUAGGUCUCACGGAAGCAACAUUGCAAACAUCUUGGAAUCAGUUAAGCUUCGUUACUGACUUUAGUAUUAGUAUCUCGGUGUUUACGUCUGAAGCUAGUUACAAUACAUAAAUUGUUCGGGUGUUUAAGUUAGUUACAUGAUUCUUGUAAGAAA